GUGUACAUGGCGCCAAGUGUGAGCUUGUUAUGGAGUGUUUUUUCAGGGCGCACCGUGUUUAUAAAGUUUAAAUAUAAAGUGCGUUUCUGUCAACAAGAACACAAUGUUAUGGUAUUCGCAUUUAUAAUGUAAUGUUACCAGAGCGUGAGAGACAUUAUUAAAACGUCAAGCAGUGUUUUUUUUAUUAUUAUUAUUUUUAUAUAAAUAGUGUCGGUUAUCGUUAGCUGCAGCUGCUGAAACGUCAGAUCACAAAACUGACUUUUUACCGGAUUAAAACUCGGAGCUGUUGGUUUUCAGUCAUGUGGAAUAACGUGGAGUUGUUGCUCAGUGAGGACACGAACACAGUGCUGUGUGGGGAGCAGGAACAGGAGCCGGGAGGCGCCUUGUAUCAGCUGGACACACUGCUGAAGAUCUCCACCUCACUGCAGGUGCCACCGAACUCUAGGAUCAGUGCCAUUAAUAAUGUGACCUGCUGCGCGGUUGUGGCUGAUAGCACCGUGAUCCUCUUUGAUCCCAGUUUCCAGACUGUUCUGCAUCACCUGUAUUUUGAUACGUUAGUGGAUGCCGUGAGCGUUUGUCCUCAGGGACAGUUUUUGUUCGUAGGCGAGAGAAACGGCAAAUUUCAUAUUAUAUCCAUUCCACUGAAAAAGACCAUCCUGAGUAAAGAUCUCCAGCAACCUUCAUCAAAUGAUCACGAAUCAACCUACAAGAGCUUCAUUCUACAUGAAGCACAGAGUUCUCCAGGGAUAUACCAUCUUUUUGUUAUUGUUUGCUAUGGAUUUUUUCAUGUGUCCAAUCUUGCACUGGAGAAGACACAGAAAGCACUUGAAAACAUGGAACUCAGUACCUUAAAUGAGAUCCAAAGUAACAUUCAUGUGGACUACUUCUCCACUAAAGAGGUCUUUAAACAGGGCAGUAUCUCAGCAGCACUGGGCAGCUUCGGCAGUGAGGUCCACCUCAUGAUCGGGGCUCAUGGAGAAACAAGCUUUUCACUAUGGUGCAUGGAGCGCGAUCAGAGGAUGCUAAAGCUUAGCAAUGUUCUGGACUCCACUUUAAUGCCAGGUGUAAGGAAGAUCCAUGUGGUGGACAAUUUGAUGUAUGUUCUGAAUGAAGAGGACCUGCUGAGUCUGUGGGACACUCGCUCUCUGGUCAUGCUGUGUUGCUGGCCUGAUCUCCAUAUUCUUGACUUUCUGCUCAUCGCAGAAGGAGACUCGACAUUCAUCGGGACACAAGAGAGCACCAGCAUGAAAAUCAUGACUUUGACUGCAGUUGAGAACAAGCCUCAUCUGAGGAAACUUCUGGUUCAGUCCCUCCCUACUAUGAAGGUUCUUUACUCACUCGUGGUCUCAGCAAUGUCGUCGCUGGUACAGAAUGCCAUUAGUAUGGAUGUCCUUUAUUUGCUGGAAGGCCUUUCAGAUAAUUCAGUGAGCAGUGCUGAGGGAUCAGCCUUGUGUUUUGUCCUGAGACGCUUCACAGAGGCUCUUCCAGAGAACAGGUUGAAUAGACUUCUCUACAAACACAAGUUUGAAGAAGCUGAGAAGUUUGCGAUAGCCUUUGAGCUUGAUGUUGAGCUGGUGUAUAAGGUGAAGUUGGAUUUUGUGAUGGAAAAACUGGCUUUAGUGUCAAUCAACAAUCAAGGUCAUGAAGUGGGGGAGAAGCUUGUUGAGGAAGCCAAAACAAACCUGAUGAAGAUUGCGGAUGAGCAAUAUGUGGUACAGUACUGUCUCAACGCUUUCUGGCCCACGCUCACUACAGCUGAGGAGAUGUUAAACUACGCAGCCAAUCGCUUCCCUUCAUCCCACAUCCAGUCAGCUCUGGCCAAACUCGCCACCUUCUGCAAUCUCUACCGUUCCCACAAAUUUAAUGGUGUGUCCUGGAUUGAGUUCCUGAACAGCAGAGAUUACCUGAAAGAGAUUUUUUCCCUUCUACGAAAGGGGAACUUUAGCAGGGCACAGUACCUGUGGCUCCGACAUGAGGCUGAGUUUGUGGGUGAAUUUAAUGAGAAGUCCAUGCAGGCGUUGUUGAGUUCCAUACCCUCGGACAUCUCCUCUCAGGUGCUCUGGAUGUGGUUAAAGGCUGUGGUGGUGCCUUUCAUGUGGAGAGUGUUACCUAAAGGACAGAGAAUCCUGGCUAAAUGGUUGGAGCUGCGAGCAAGAGAUCUGGAAUUAACAGAGAAGAAUGGCUGGCCCAAUAAUGGACUGAUGCUCGCUGAACUCGGCCUGUCGUCCUUCUGGAUGUACACAAAUCUGGUGCAGGUUGAAGACUGUAACACAGAAGAAGUGAAGAAUCUCAAGUCCUUGGUGUCAAAUCUACAGCAGCUCUGUGAUCUCUACACCAAAUACAAGUGUCGUCUCUCACUGUCUGACUUCGAGAUGGGAAGCACCCGUAGCAUGGUGUUUUUAAUGCUGGAUAAAGUGCUCGCACCAGAGCUGAUUGCAGGUGUGGUGGAGAGCAGCGUGAGACCUUACGCUCUGGCGCACAGACUGGACAUCGAUCAUAUCCUGUUAGACUACAUUAAGGACUUGCUGGAUUGCUGCAGCUCUCAGAUCACAUCUCUGUUCACUGAGUGGGAGGCCAAAGCAGUGGCUCUGGUUCACUGUAUGACCGACACUAAUCUGGUGAUGGACGCUGUCCUCGAGAUCAUGUACAAGGCUGUGGUUCCCUGGAAUGAUGCAAUCGAGAAGUUUGUUCAGCAUCAUCUGGAAAAAGAUCACGCCAAACGGGAGCUUUUAAAAGAGAGCUAUCGUUUAAUGGAGAUGAAGAAACUUCUACGAUGUUAUGGAAUCCGCAACUUAACCCUCUCUAACUCCAGAGAGACGAUGAUGCUUGUAAGACAUAUUCUGAAACAGGACCUGGUUACUUCACUGGAAGAUUCUCUUAAACUCGUCGAAACCUAUAAGCUCAAUUCAUCUGAAAUCUACUACAUCUACUGCAUUCAGCUUUUGGAAAAGAAUGAUAGUGAUGGUUGUAUAGCAGAGCUGAAAAAGCUGCCAGCUGCUGAGGCAGAACUCGUAAUCGAGCGACUUAUCAGCUGGGCGAGACUACAACUGCAAAACAAGGAGCAGUUAACUGAGGUUCUUAAAAAACAACAGAUGCAAGUCGCCCAGACGAUGGUAGAGGCACUGAAGUAUCUGCAGGGCAUUCAGAGAGAUGAUGCCCUAAAGAGAAUGGGGUGUGAGAACAACUUGAAAAUGUUCACAGCCAUUGCUCACUUACAGGAGGAUUUUGACAUCUUCCUGACCCCUGAGGAGUAUGAUGAUCCAACAGUAAGGAGGCAGUUCAACCAGCAACUCAUCACUGCGUAUGAGAAUACACGAGCAUGGCGUCAUUCGAAGAAGAAACACCUGGACAAGGCUCAUGCUAAAGAGCCAGACAACAAGACUAAUGACCCUGAUGGCAAAACCAGAACACUGUCCACUGAGGCUGGACUUCAUCGUCUGGCCAGACACCUGGAGAGGACCGAGCAGGAGCUGUGGGCAGACCUGGCUGAUCGAGCUUUAGAAGCUGGGAAUGUAGAGAAAGCCCUUAAAAUCCUUAGUGAGCUCUACCAGCACCAUCCUAACUCGAGCACAGGCCGAGUGCUGUUCAGCACGGCACGACGUCUCUGUCAGAUGCUGGAGGACAAUGUCCCCAUGGUGCUGCCAGAAAGAGUAAAUCUUCCAGCUCUCAUCCACAAACUGGCCUGUCAGGCCAUCACCAUCUGCCAUGCUGAUCUGCUUCUUGACUGUGUUGAAUUGUGUAAAAGCACCAGAGAUGCUGCUGAUGUGUACCGUCAGUGUCAGAUUGAUGACUACAGCUUUGUUGUAAAGGAUGCUGUACUGAAUAGUGAGGAAGAUGCCUACACAGAGACCAGUGUUCAGGACGUGUUUAAUGAGGAUGGCAUUGUGCUGGACCCGGUCUCAGUGCUCCCAGUACAGUAUAAGAUCACUACCAGUCUUCUGCCACUUGCAGAUUCUACAUUUUAUCCCCUGGAUUGCUUGUGCUUGUCAUAUUGUGCUCUUCAGGAAGACAUUGACUAUGUUCGUCCGUUGUUGCGCCCCAUGGCCACCAUGCUGCAGAGUCUACAGGAGUGCAGUCAGUUAGAAUUGGCCCUAAAGCUGCUACUGGAGUCAUACGGCAGCAUUUUACAGCACUUUGUUUCCAACAACAUGGACCUCAGUUUGAGCAUGAAGUUGCAUAUCAACAGCCGGUUAGUUCGAGAUAAGCAGACUCUGGAUGCGAUUGAGAAGACCGCUCUCUCUUCUAUCAACAUGGUUGUGGUGUCUUUAUUACAUAAGGUCCUGAACUGGCGGGUAGUGGACUGUGACUUGGCUAUUGGCCUUUGCACUGUUCUGGGCAAGUCUGAUGUUCUGGACAUUCUGUGGAAAAUAAUUAACAGCGCUUGGCAAAACUAUGACAAGGUCAUGGCUGUAGCUGUUGUCGGAGCCCAUUUCUGCUCACUUUAUAAUGAUCAGCAAGAGAAGACGAACUUCUUUUCUGUCAUCACAGAUGCAGAGUGGGGUAUUAAGCUUGGAAAAAUUGGAGUUUCCAUUCAGUCUGUGUUUAGACAGUGUUCAGAGAGCAAGAGGAAUCUGAUUCCUGAACUUGUCAAGAACAGAAACAUGACUGCUAAGAUCUUACAAGAAUACUGCAGAACAUAUGGGCUGGACACUGACUCUGCACUUAAUCUGUACAUCACCACACUGCUGCUGCAGGAGAAAGCAGAUAAUAAGCACUGUGAAGUCAGAGCAGGGUAUUUAGGACUGGAUGAAGGGGAUGAGAGUGUAGAUGCAGGGCAUGAGGAUGUAUUGGGAUAUGUCCUACACAUUGUUCCCCAACUGAGCUCCACUGCAGACCUGGUCGUCAGUCUGCACACAGCACUCACAAAGCUGAAUCCAUACAACUAUGAGCGAAUUGAGAAGGUCCUAAAAACCAUUCAGACUGCAGAUGAAGGCACCACUCUUUUACCGCUCAACCAGAUGAUGGGAUUGCUCCAGCACCUGAAGUCCCACAAGCGGACUUCUCCUCCCACUGAUGUGGAGAGCACGUACCUUCUGGAGAGCUCUCUGGAUUCAAGUCCUCUCGCUAACACUCGCUUGCCUUUCCAUCUUCUCCUCCAGACUAACCUCUACUUCUGGAAGAUUAUUUCUCCGGAGCUGAAUGAGGAGACAUUACCCACACUACUGCUCAUAUCUAAACUUAUGAAGGUUAACCUGGACAAGCUUUACAUCCUGACAGUGAACCAUGUGUUCAAGAACAAGCUGAUGCCUUUGCUGCUUGACCAGACAAAGUGCCCACAGGCUUACGGCUCCAGCAGAGACACAAACACUGUAAUACAGAACAUAUUUAAACAUGCUCUCUGCAUUCAGAACCCAGAACUAGCUGCAGCUACCAUGCACAAAAUCUCUCAGGAACUUCCUGCAGGUGCAGAGAAAACCAUAUUUUUGAAAUUUAGCUUGGACCUUGUAAAAAAAUUGCUGAAGUCUGAUACUUUACAGGAGGAGUUACGCACAAGGGGAGAGCUGUUCACCUCAAAGCUGCUGCUGCAGUAUCAGCGGUCAGCCACAGAGAAUGCGUUAAUGGCUUUUCAGCUCGACUGUCCUGAGCUACUCAAGCUCACAGGACAGCCCGCCCGUCUCAUUGUGUCUCUGUUCGAGCACAGCUCAGUCGUGGAGCGCAUGAAGAGUCCUGCUGGACAGACCUACCCUGACAUUCAUGCAGUGGCUAGAGAGAUUGCAUCCAUUAACAGUGUUGACCUUCUCAAGAUCCGUAAUAUUCUUCUCGAGAAGUGGCUUUGCAAAACAAAUGGCAAGGACAUCCAGUACCAGGACUCUGUGACUGAUCUUACUGAGGAUCCUGAUCUCAUGAGAGUGGUGUAUUUGCUGCAAAUGCACCCGAUGGAUAUAGGGGCACGUCUGCUCAGCCCCAUCCUGAGUGCAGAGACAUGGCUGUUGGGAGGAUCAGGUCUUAGACUGACCUUUGAGCACCGCAGUCGUGCUUUGCUUUGCCUUAUUCACAUUGCAGACUCUGCCACACUCGAGGCUUUGUCUCAAACACCCAGAGAUAAAGUCAAGUAUUACCUGAAGUGCUAUGUGUACCUCUCUCAGCUGGAGGCCCUCAACAUUCCCUACAACUUGGAAAGGUUUCUCAGUAGCCCUAAAGAGGGAAUGAUUAAAGGCUUAUGGAAGAACCACAGCAAUGAACCUAAGGCUGUGCGUCUAGUAGCAGAUUUGUGUUUGGAGUACAAGGUGUAUGAUACACAGCUAUGGAGCGGCGUGUUGCAGAAACUACUGGUGUUUAAUAUGAUCAGCUACCUGCAGAAGAUUCUGGAAACCCUCAGAGCAGUGCCUAGUCUCUUGGAGGUUCCAAGUUUCUCCAGAACUUGGCGCAGUGUGAUUCUAGCCCCUUUUAUGACUGCAUCUCUUCCUUUGAGUCCAUAUCAGCAGACCACUUUCUAUAAGACAUUUGUUCUUCUGCUAAAAUGUCCAUUCCUGUUGAAUCUGGAUCUCAUUGGCAUUGCCAAGCGCUUUGCCCAAUUUAACUUGAUGGCUUAUUCUCUUGGAACACUCUUACUUGUCCCCUGCUCCAAGAAGAGGGAACAGUUAAUCCAGACCUUACUGCUGUCCUGUAAUCCAACACUCAUCCUGGAUCAGGUUGAGGAAAGUGUUAACACAGGAGAACUAGCAGGCAUUCCUUCAGAGAUUAGGGACACUGUGCUGACAUUCCUUUUUAAAAAUGGCCAGUACCAAAGCUUUUUGAAGAGCGACCUCUUUCGGCCCCUCAUGAAGCACUUGGUGUCAAUGGCUCAGUCUAAUCAGGUGGAGGAGAUGGUUAACUACCUGAGCAAUCAUAACAGGAAAGAAGAGGCCAUUGCUCUUGCACAGGAGUAUGUAAGACACAGCGAACUCAAAUGGGGAGAAAGAAGUGCAGAAAGCACUGUUUGUUCUGACCCCAUUAAAGAAUUUUUGGCACAAACAAUGGAAUCCCAGGAUUGACACCAGUCAGCUAUCUAAUAUGAAAGCCAAACAAUAUAUUUGCACUUUUUUUUUUUUAAAUAAAAUACUUAAAUAAAUGUUUGCUUGCUUUUUCACAUUAGUAUAAAUCAAUUAAAAAAAUUAUCUAUAAAGUCCA